AGUCCUUCCCUCCCACUGUUUUCUUCUCAUGUUUCUCUUUUCUGUGCUGUUGCACAACUGCGUUGUUUUCAUCUUGGUGGUUCUGUCACAGACACAUGCAGUGAUGGUGGAGGAUCGACCAGCAGGAAGCGUAUCAGAGGCCAUCACCACCGUGACGGGCGGCAGUAAACCUGUGCACCGCUUCCUCAGAGGACAACCCAAGAGUAUUGGAGUUGUGCUGGUGAUGAUGGGUAUAGGUCUAUUCAUGUUUGGAAUUCCUAUGAAUGUGGACUCAGAUGCGCUCACCUCAGUGGAGCUGCUCACCCCAUUCUGGCUUGGGAUCUUGUUCUUUAUCUGUGGCCUUCUGUAUAUACUGUCUGAACGCAACCCCUCCAAAAAGAUGAUCACAGCCAGCUUUGCUCUGAGUAUCAUCUCAGUCAUUGGAGUGCUGCCUGCUUUGGUGGAAUUCUCCAGAGCAAUUGUUGUACUCUAUGACAUACUCAGGGAUCAAAUGCAUGAGAAUAACACAGAGACGGGGGAACUUUAUGCUGAACAAUAUUAUAUAUCCGUGAAAAACCUGGAGCUAGUGUUCUUCUGUCACAGCUUGACAGGAGGCGUUCUGCUUGUAAUCAUGACGUUCUUCGCCAGGGCAGCACUGCAAUCCAGCAGGACUCAGGCUGUUGUUGUAAUGCGAAACCUGCCAUCAGCAGAGUGAAUGAACCCAAAUCAUCCUCCUUUGUGUACAUGAAGAGGAGCUGACAGCACAUCUGUGGCAGCACAUUAGAAUAUUUCACUAAAAAUCAACUGUGAUCUUUAAAAUUGCAUAUAUAUACAGUAUAUGAUAUGGUAACAAAAUGCAGCAGUAGAAUUGAAGAGGCAACAAUUUUUUUAGAGUGUUUGCUCAUCUGCAGUAUGUCUAUAGGACGUUUCCUUUUUGGAUGUCAGAUAGAUAUAUGUCUUUAAGAUGUUUAUGAUUUAGAAUGUAUGUAAAACUGACAUCUGAAAGACGUCUGUCAGAUGUUUGUACACAGCAGAUGCAUUCCAGAUUAAGAGAUCUUCAACAUUACAUUUCUGCUAAAUAAUACUAUCUAGUAAUACUGUAACAUAAAUAAUUAAAUCUAAAGAUUUACUAAUAUUACUAAAAUAAACAUAACUGUGUGCUAAAACAAAGCACAAAGGUCAUGUGGCGGUAGCCAUAAAGGAAGGUUAAUCUGCAGGAGCGGGACUGAAGACGACUGGGUUUUUAUCGGGGGAUCAUAGGUUCUUGGUUACGAGAUUGUUGCAUGUAGAAUUCAUCACAAUGCUCAUCACUUGUGAUUGGGAUUUUAAUACCAGCUGUAAACAGGACAAUGGAGUACUAUUUUCUAUGUGAGACAUGUUUGACUGUAACUUUUUUUUUAACAGCAGGAAGAGAAUCCUUGUACACAUAUAUUUUAAAGGUGAUUUUUAUUUUUCCACUUGCUACUUUGUAUUCAUUUUUUUUAAAAUAAUUAAAUAAACAGAUUGUGAUAUUUUUUCUCAAUUUCUGAAAUAAAGAUUCAAAUGUUUGCUAACAUGUAAAUGUAGUUUUCAACAAUAAUACCUAGACCUGCUCAAAAAAGGAAAGAAAAAAGAAAAGAAAAAAACAUGGGGAAUAUAUUUUUUAAAUUGAGACUUUCAUGUGGAGAACUCUGCUCAAGUUCUGCUUAAUGAAGCAUUUAAUAGUUAACAACCAAAAAUAUGUUUUGCUAUUAUGAUUUUGUAACCCAAGUUAAGAGCAAAAUAGUUCUGUGAAACAGAAGUGAGAUGUUCAUAUGAAUGAGUAUAUAAAAUAUAUGCAUAGAAUAUAGGCAUAUUCUAAUCUUAUUUAUCCAUUCAGUUUACCUUUAUUAGGAUAAUCCAGAGAUCCAGAAUAGAUACAAUACAUACAAUUAUACCAGUGUUUCCACAGAUGACUGGUAUCACACAACAUUCAGCCUUGAUUUGACAGCAACUGUCACGAUCACCAGCUGGAGUGCCCAUGAGCUCCUCUAGAGGGCACUCCAUCCUGUACCUUGCCAUUCAUUUAGGACUCCAUUUCCCAUAAUCCUCAGUUUACCGACUCAUCGGCACUCAUUACCAGUUCACAGCUGCCUCAUAUUAGUAGGACUAUAUGAAUAGCACACAGACACACACACACUCUCCACUGGUGACUGAAUGUUGAUUAGCUCUUUUGUGUUUCUAGAUUUCCUGUUUACUUGCCUUUGUGUUUUGAUCCCUGGACUGUUUCCUUGUUUAUGAUUGUUUACUCCCUGCCCUGACUAUUGCCUGACUUGUGGAGUACUCUUUUGCCUUCUCCCUGGAGGUGUUUGUUUGCUGGUGUUUGACCCUACCUGUUCUGACUACACUCUAUGGAAUAAAGCCUGGAAGUGGAUCCCCACAUCAAACAAUGAUGUCACUACGCUUCUCUUUUCCAACAACUCAGUGCCAUAUUGUAUCAAUUAAACAUUAAACUAAAGUCAUUUGUGUUAACCCAUAUUGAAUCAUUCAAAUAAAAAUUAUUUGUGAGAACCGACAUUGCUGAUUAUUGCCUUUCAUUCAUUUAAGUCAAUGGUGUUUGUGGUCACAGUUUCAUUCGCGGAUCUUUUAUGUUAGAUAUGACUGACUGACCAGUAUUGACUAGCCUACAACUUGGAUAAGAUUCCUAAAGGUUUCACACCUACAGCACACAUUACAGACAUUGAUGCACAAAUGCGGAUAUGUUCUACAUGUCUACAGUAUAAAUAAUGAAUAAACCAAUCUUAUACUUCUUGAUUUCGCGUAAGCAGCUUUAAAUAUAAUAUGCAUGCACAAUAAACUAUACAGUGUGUGCAGAAUUAUUAGGCAAGUUGAUAUUCUGGU